AUGGGUCGAGUUCAGUGGAUGGUAAGCCAGACGCUCCUGCUCAGCCUAUUUAUCGGUGUUCCGCUCUCUAUGGCAGUGGAAUCAGAGGAGGAUGCACCAUCAGAGUGGAAGCUGUGGAAGAGAGCUAACGGAGUGGAGUAUGAAGAAGAGGCGGAUGAUAACAAAAGAAAAGCCAUUUGGGAGAAAAACAAGAAUCUGAUUGAGAAUAACAACAAAAAAUAUUACAUGGGCAGGUCAGAGUUUACAAUGGCAAUGAACAAAUACGGAGACCUGACUCGGUUGGAGUAUCGUCAAUUACUUGGAGCCAAAGUAAAUAAAAAUGCACACAAGGGAAACACUGCCAAUCCACGCAAGCUACGUUACAAUGCCAGGAGGCUACAGCUGACCUCGGUAGACUACAGACAGAUGGGAUACGUUACAGAGAUUAAAGAUCAGGGCUACUGUGGGUCGUGUUGGGCUUUCAGCACAACAGGUGCCAUUGAGGGACAAAUGUUCAAGAAAACAGGUCAGCUGGUGUCCCUUAGUGAGCAGAAUUUGGUGGACUGCUCAUGGUCCUACGGCACAUACGGCUGCAGUGGAGCGUGGAUGGCCAAUGCUUACGAUUAUGUGAUUAACAACGGCCUGCAAGCUUCUGAAACAUAUCCUUAUACCUCAGUGGACACGCAGCCCUGUUUCUAUAACCCCAACAAAGUUGUGGCAAAUAUCAGGGAUUACAGAUUCAUUCCUGCUGGAGAUGAACAGGCUCUGGCUGAUGCUUUGGCAACUAUCGGUCCAAUCACUGUAGCAGUUGAUGCUGACCACCCAAGCUUUCUUUUCUACAGCUCAGGGAUCUACGAAGAGCCCAGAUGUAAUCCGAAUAACCUGAGCCAUGCGGUGCUCCUGGUUGGCUAUGGUUCUGAGGGUGGCAGAGACUACUGGCUCAUCAAAAACAGCUGGGGCACAGGUUGGGGAGAAGGAGGCUACAUGCGCAUGAUCCGGGACGGCAGCAACACCUGCGGCAUCGCUAGCUACGCACUUUACCCCAUUGUAUAAAAUCUUUU